AUGUCAAACGACCUUCCUUUCGUGCUGGACGACCCGAGCCUUCUUCACGAGGCUUCUUUGCUAGAUGGCAAAUGGGUUCAAGCUCAGCAGCUGCAAAGUUUCUCUGUUGAAGGUGCAACUCAAGACCCUGGAUCCGGACAAGUCUUCGCUCACUGCCCCAACAACGACCUUUCCGACGUUGAUCAAUACGUGGAAUCCGCGCAGACCGCAUUCCUCAAAUACAGAGAUACAAACCCAAGAGAGCGAGCCAAAUUGCUUUUGAAUUGGCACAGCCUGAUCACCAAUUCACGGAGCGAUAUCGCAAAACUCAUAGUCCACGAGACAGGCAAACCAAUGACAGAGGCUCUGGGUGAAGUAGACUAUGCGCUAGGCUUUGCAUGGUGGUUCGCCGGCGAGGCCGAGCGCGUCCGCGGGUCAGUAGCUCAGCCGUCCGUCUCGAACAGACGCACGCUGGUAAUCAAGCAGCCUAUCGGUGUCAGCAUAGCCUUGGUACCCUGGAACUUCCCUGUUGCGAUGACAAUCCGGAAGGCUGCGGCGGCUUUAGCUGCUGGCUGCACAAUGAUUAUAAAGCCCUCACCCGAGACUCCGCUCAGUAUACUCGCGCUUGCAGACCUGACCUUGAGGGCUGGGUUUCCACCGGGCGUUUUGAAUAUUAUUACCACAGACAAUGACAAUACCCCCGCGGUCAGCGAGAGAUUGUGCAAGCAUCCGCUCGUGCGCAAAGUCACCUUUACUGGUAGCACUGCUGUUGGCUCGAUCAUCGCGAAACACUGCAGUGAUGGGCUGAAGAAGGUCACUCUCGAGCUGGGUGGUAACUGCCCAUUCCUAAUUUUCGAUGACAGUGAUCUUGACCAAGCCCUAGGAGCACUAAUGGUCUUAAAAUGGCGCACCGCCGGACAGGCAUGCACACAUGCCAACCGAGUUUAUGUCCAAAGUGGCGUUUACGACAAGUUCCUGUCCAUGCUAGUCAACGCCACAAAGAAAAUCCAAGUUGGCCAUGGCGCGGCCCCCAACACCACGAUGGGAGCGUUGACCACAACUCGCGGCUUGGAGAAACUGGAACGGCAUAUUGCCGACGCCAUUUCCAAGGGUGGAAAGAUUGUGUGUGGCGGGAAGAGGUUAACGAAUCUACCUGGAAACUUUUUCUCGCCCACGAUCAUUUCCGGAAUGACGCCUUCCAUGCUGACGAGUCAAGAGGAGAUUUUUGGCCCCCUCCUUGGACUGCAUCGCUUCGAGACGGAGGAGGAAGCUGUCCGGAUGGCGAAUGAUACUAGCAUGGGCCUUGCGGCAUACUUCUUCACCAAAGAUACAAGUCGCACAUGGAGGUUGCUUGAGAGUCUUGAGGCCGGAAUGGUCGGGAUGAAUACAGGAAACGCGUCUGCGGCUGAGUCGCCUUUCGGGGGUAUCAAGGCUUCCGGAUAUGGAAAGGAGGCGGGCAAGGAUGUCGCGAUAGAAGAGUACCUGAUUUCGAAGACUGGGACUUUGACUGUUGAUCCCAUGUCGAAGUUGUAG